AUGUUCAUAUGUAAAAAUCGAUUUAAAAAACCAGUACAACCGAUCAAUGCAUUGAUUGUUGUUGAUGUUCAAAACUGUUUUAUAAAUGGAAAUCUCUCAUUGUCAAAAAGUCCUGCUGGUCAAGAUGGCGCCGAAGUUAUUCCUAUUAUAAAUAAUUUAAUUCAUACCAUUCCAUUUGAUGUUAUUGUUUAUACACAUGAUUGGCAUCCAUGGAAUCAUAUAUCAUUUUUUGAAAAUCUUCACUUUCGCAGACAGUAUUUAGCAGGUGAUCAAAAUCGAACAAUAAAAAUGUUCGAUAAAGUAACGUAUUUUGGUCCGAAAUACAAAAUGGAGCAAGUUCUAUGGCCUGCACAUUGCAUACAGGGAACGGAAGAUGCAGCAUUACACAAGGAUCUCGAUGUUAUUUCAUCGUCAACUAGAGUUAUUCAUAUAAGAAAGGGUACUGAUCCCGAUAUUGACAGUUAUUCAGCAUUUGCUGAUAAUUAUGGAGCUAAAAAAACCGAAUUACACAAUAUGUUGAAAGAACGAAAUGUUACACAAGUUUUUAUUGCUGGAUUGGCUACAGAUUUUUGUGUGACAUUCACAGCUAUUGAUGCUUUCAAUUUGAAUUAUAUAACAUACGUUGUUAAAGAUGCGAGUAGAGGUGUAACCUUGCCAACAAUCAGAAGCCAAUUGAAAAGAUUGAAACGACUUGGUGUGCAUAUUAUUACAGUAAAGAAACUAAAAAAAUUACUCAAUACAACCAAUGACAAUCAGAGAAAGAUGUCGAUCAAACACGAGCUGUGACCGACAUGAUGAAAUUUUAAUCGACUAUUAACUGUUCUUUUUAUUUACUUACGAAAUUGCAUGACAGUCAAUAGUUCGAUCAAAUUUUCUACUUUUUAGUUUUUAUUGAUGUUUAAACAAUGAUUAUUUUCUAACUUUUUGGUUGAAAAAUAUAUAUUUUAUCUUAAAUAUUUGAUCAUUCGAGGAUCUAUAUGGUUCGAUUUCAGAAUAUUUUUUAUUUGAAAAUUGAUUCUCUUCACUUGACUGAUUCAGUAGAUUUAGUUGGUGGUAUUCUAUCAUACAAGAAAAAUUUCUUAGAAUUUUCUACAUUUGCAAUAAUGAAUGCACAGAAUUGACAUUUGAUUUAUAUGUCUUGAGGGUGAGAAUGAGUACGAGCUACCACAAUUGCGAUUACAAUCAAAAGUACUAAAAUUAGAUUGGAAGCUUGAAAAUAAAUAAUAUCUGUGUUGAUAAUCAAAACUAAUAAAUGAGAAAGAUGUUCGCAUCGUAUUUCAAUUGAUAUAGGGUAUCGGGUUGGGGGUGUGACUGUGAGCAUCAGUCUGACUACUCUCACCUCACACCCACACCACAAUUCAAACUAAGAAUGACCAAUUUAAUUUUUUUUAACCUUUUUUUGGCAAAGAAUCAUUCAGAAAUAUUGAUAAACAAUUAUUUGAGCAAUAAAAACAAAAUUCACGACCAGUUCUGUUUAGUUUGAAAUCAAUGGUUCACAUAAUUUAUGGAUAUUCACAUUUUAAUCUAAACUUGACCGAUUCGAGAAACAUUCCAACUUUGUCCAUUCUUAAUCGAGAGUUGUUAAAGCAUUGAUCGAUGAUUCAAAUUUCUAACAUCGUUCAAGAACUUUCUGACCGAUUUCAAGAAAAAUGUUUGUCAGAAAGAUAAUCAAAAUCUUUCGAUUUAGAUUAUUAUUUCUUAAAAUUAUCAAAAAGCUUUAAUUUUCAUUGAAAAUAGUUUUAUUUGGGUAUUUGUAAAAUACCCUCUAACUCCCCCAACCGCCGUUUAACUCGAAGUCAAUAUCAAUCGAUGGGUGUGGGUGUGGGUGUGGGUGUGGGUGUGGGUGUGUGUGGGUGUGGGUGUGGGUGUGUGUGGGUGUGGGUGUGGGUGGCUAUGGGUGUAAGUGUGGGUGUGAAUGUGGGUAUAGGUUUUCUGGUCAUCUACGCGCACACCCACACCCACACCCACACCCUACUUUUGAAAUGCCAAUCAUAUGCGCUGUUGAAAUAGAUCAUUUACGGAAAUUUUUAUUUACCUAAUACGAUAUUACUCAAAAAAAAAUUGCAUCGUUUGUUUACUGUGAAUAAAAUGAUUAUCUUUUCUAAUAUGAAUAAUUUUCUCUGAGAAAAAGAAAAAUGCUUUUUCGUAAUGAGUACGUAUCAUACAUAAAGCUCAACAAAACUGGUUACGAAAACACAAUACGAUGGGGAUGAAAAUAUAAAUUGCAUCUCAAAUUUAAACAGAUAUAUAAUUGGUGAAUUAGUAAGAGUUAAACAUCAUCGUUUCCAUCACACUUAAUCUGAAAAAAUUAAUAUUGACACGUUGCAGGAGUAGUACAAGAAUAAGUUAAAAAAGAAACUAUUAGGAUAUCGAAAUAUUCAAAGUCAAUUUAGUAAUGUUCUAAGAUCAUUACUUAUCGUCAUUUUUCUGUCAUGAAACGAGAUAGAUGAUUGCAGUUUUUUUUCAUUGUAAGAUUCCUUGUUCAAAUUAUGAUCUAUUGAAUCGAGUAAGAUGAUCUAAAAUAUUCAGUAUCAUUGAUUGCCACCAAAUUUUUUGAAAAACCCUCGAAGCUUGUAAAACAAUAUAAAGAUAACAAUGAAAUUACCAAUGGAAUUUAUAAGGCUUAUUGUUACAAACUGAAGAUAUGUGCCAUAUAUUUUCAGCUUUGUCCGUGAGUCACUUUGAAUGCAGUACCUCGAUGAUUGAUACGAAAGCAAUAUCCUAAUAAUUUAACAUAUUUUCCUUUCAAAGUCUGUGUUUUUCCGAUAUUUCUUCCUCUUAAUAUGUAUCUUUCGAUUUUUCUUUCUAUAUCCUUUUUUUGGAUACUCUCAGCCGGAGAACUGCGAGUCGGUUCUUACAGAAAAACACUAGAAUUUAACGAAAUAUUGCUUCUAUGUCCCAUUGAUUUCCCUUUUUUUUCGUCUGAGAAAUAACGAUUUUUUAUGUCUUUUCUGCCACUUCCUGUAGUAUCCCAUAAACGGAACGAUCAGCCUGGAUUUUUUCUUUUGACUUAUUUUCUUUUCUUUCUUUUUCUAUUAUAUCCUUCUUCACACCUACACUAGAUAUUGAAUUACAUUUUUUUAUAAAUGAAUUGCUUAAACAAUGCACUUCCCUUUAAGUAAUGUGACAAUAAAAAUCGUUCCAACAAUGAAACAUUUUUUUUGCUCCAACUGUUUCGAAAUAUAAAGGAUGGGCAAUAAAGAAUGAGAGUCCUACUGCAUUUUCAAUAUCUUUUAUUUUUUUCAUCGAAUCGAAUUGAACUUUUUUUCAAAAGAUUCAGCAUUUAAUUCUCAAGAAAACUCUGCAUAAACAUAUUCCAUUUAUUUUAAAAGAAAAGCGUUACUUAAGCAGAAAAAAAAUUUGAAAAACCCAUUUAAACGUAUAAUCAGGGACUAGGAUUGUCAGUUAUUAAUGCUUAUUAAGAAAAUGCACGAAAACGCAUUUAUUGGCAUUUUUUAUAAUUUUCUGAGCGGCAAAACGGCGAGAUUCUAGUUUUGGAGCGUUAAAACACGUUGUUUUUAAGCUCUAGAAUAAUAGGAAUUUUAAUGCUCAAAAACUGCAAUUUUCGCCGUAUUGACUCACAGAAAAUUAUAAAAGACACUAAUAAAUGCGUUUUCUUAAUGAGCAUUAAUAACUUACAAUUACGGUUCCCGAGUGUACCUUUAAGCCCGUUUUUCUAAUCUUUUUUCUGCUUGGCUAGUGAGGCAUUAUUACGAACACGCUACUUCAACAAAAUUCAAUGGCAGUACCAAGAAACAGACUAGAAUUAAUCCUUUCAAUACCGACAUUUGAUCGCAUUCUAUACAAAGUGCAAGAAAAUCUAUAUUUCACUCUCUGCUUGCGUUCUCCUUUAGAUAAUCAGCUGCACACGAAUUCUGACUACACUAAUUUAAUGCAAAAAUAAUUUUCACAGCAAAGAAGAUACGCGCUUCUUUGAGCAUACAUACCAUAUGUAUCAUGCAGGAAGACGACAGAAUGCAGAAUUUCUAUGUUAAGAUUUGCAUGUUAUCUACGAGGUGACAUGUAGUAUCGAAAGGGUUAAGAUUCAGGUAGUUACUGCGAUUUGUAGAGGACGUUAGAUUUCAGUUGAACUAAAGUUUUCCUUUGAAUCUCGCUCUGAAGAAUUUCAACAGAAUUCAAAAACAGAAUAUACUAGCUAGUUUUUUUCUUUUAUUAUUGACAAACUAAUAAUCACAGUGCACGAGCAAGGAUCGUCGAUUUGGGAUAAAAUAAGUACGACUUUAGUUAAAGACAAAGCGAGUUUUUAAGGAGACUAUGUCGUAGCUCAUUAUGAUAAUUUGAUAUUUUUGUUUCAAUUACAGUGCUGCCGAAUCCAACUGUAUUCAUCAAAAGAAGAUGCUCAUUAACUACUAUACUUUUGAGUCGUCUUGUUUAGAAUAUGAUGUUUUGUAUGUAUGAUUAUUACGUAUAAAUACUUUUGCAUCCCAACCAAUUAUGUCUAGUCAUUGUUCUACUUCAUUUUACUAGCAUAAUCGUGUGAUCUGUUCAAAAUCAAAAUCAGCUGAUAGCAUUUACGGUAACAAUUAUGUAUAACGAAUUCUAUAAAUUUCAGUAGUUACAAAGAAAAAAAAUACUAUUUAAGUUUAGCGCACUCUACAAAUUGCAGAUCGUUUAAUUCAAAUUAUGAAACUCAAUCUUUAGAGAACUCUAUAAAUUUCAAUAAGUUUCAAACUAUAGCCGAAAUUUUAACUUGUUUAAAAAUUCAUAUCAGUAAAUUCUUUUUUUAAACUUGAAAGCUGAAAGUUUUAGACUUUCGAUUAUUUUCAAUUUGAAUAAAAUAAAGUUAACAAACUGCUGAAAUUGAAACUUAAUAGAUUUUUAGUUUUAAAUUUACGUUCACAAAUGAACGAUAAGAAACACAUUUUAUAUUGAAAACAAGAGACUUUGAGCAUCACAAUGAUGAACUGAGAAGUGUAUUUAGAUGCUUAAAUUAAUCUUCAGUAAUACGAGCCAUAGAAACUUGUGUGCAUGUGAAUAUUUCAAAAAAGAAGCAGCUUAUUCAGAUGAAUCUGGAUUCAUUGAAAAAGAAGAUGUUAAUAUCAUAAAAAAAAAGAUGUAAUCGCAUUACGACGUUUAUUUAAUCAGAUUCCUUCUAAAAUUAAUAUCAAUACCAAUAUAAAACAUUUUUUUGUGAGAUCAAUGAGCAUAAUAAAGUAGAACUUAAGUAAGAAUGCUUCAAAUACAGAGUCUUGUAUGUAAUCAUAAAGCGAGACAGAAGAAACUGUUUACAGAAGGUUGAGACUUCCACG